AUGGGCAAGUUCCUGCAUGCGACCGAGGGAGAAAUGGUCUGCGAGUCCGUCAACGCAAAGAUCCCUUACUUCAACGCCCCGAUAUACCUGGAGAAUAAGGUCCGCGGCCUCCAGACUACGAUAGGCAAGGUGGAUGAGAUCCUGGGGCCCAUCAACCAGGUCUACUUUACGAUCAAACCGCAGGAGGGCAUUCAAGCCACAUCCUUCAAAUCUGGAGACAAAUUCUACAUUGGAGGAGACAAGUUAUUACCGCUGGAGAAGUGA